AUGGUGUCCUUCUCUUGCGAAGCAUGUGGUGAUGUUCUCACCAAGAAAAAGCUUGACCCCCAUCGCGGCCAAUGUCGCGGCGCUUCCUUCACCUGUAUCGAUUGCAUGGUGCAUUUCUAUGGAUUGGAAUACAGAGCUCAUACGUCAUGCAUGAGCGAGGCGCAAAAGUACCAGGGUGCUCUGUAUAAAGAGAAGCCCCAGAAAGGAAAGAAAGGACAAAACAACAAGCAGAAUCAGAACCAAACCCCCAACGGCCACCACCAGCAAGCCCGUGUGGAGAACGCACCUCCUCCCCCUGCCCCUACACCCCCGCCUGCCGGUGAGGUGAGAACUCCCGCUCCUGCCCCGACCAACAACGAGAAGGCUGUCAACGUGUUCGACUAUCUCGUCGCCGAUGAGACCCCGAACGCAUCCAAAGUCUCUGUCGUCGCGCCCAAGGAACAGAUGAAGAUGAACCCCAAUGCCAAAUCAGUCUUCGAGCCCAGCGAGUCCCUCACUCGUGUCGAAACCAACCCCAACACGGACGACGAGGGUAAAAAUUACGACAUCGCAUUCGAGGAGAAUGGCUUUUCAUACGGCGCCGGCCAGAUCCCACACUCAGCCUCGCCCCCGAAUGUGUCAACAACAGAGUUCGUCACACCCGCACCUAAGAAGAAGAAGGACCGCCGUCGCGAGGAGAAGGCCCCCGGCACUGUCAGCGAGAAGAAGCGCAAGCGCGGCCAAGCAGAGGUGCUCAGCACCCCGGGUGAAGCAGUCGACACCGCGAUGAUGGAUGCCCCCUCCAGUAUCAUCAACAACGCCGGCACACCCAUGCUGAACCACUCUGGUCUGACCGGCGGUCUGAACCGGAUGAUGCGCUCCGCGUCCCCCGACGGCGACGACAGCCCAGAAACCAGCCGUCGCGCCUACCAGGACACCUCGUCCCCGAUCAAGCGCAGCCGCCGCAACGGCAAAGAAGCCAAUGGCAACGGCGACCAAGGUCUCGGCAUCUCAAUGAAGAACCGCGCCGGCCGCCUCGUCUCCUCCAUGUUCGGCGGCUCUGCCAUCUCCAGCACCAACGGCUCAGAAACCGGUCCCAAGGCUCUUGUCCACAACCGCCGUGGCAGCUCCUCCAGCGGCGACGGCCAGCUCGACGUCCGCAAGAGCAAGAAGUCGCACCGCUCUCGCGCAGAAGAAGAUGACUCCCGCAAGUCCAAGCGCAAGAGCUCAAACCCCACCGACGGCGACAGACCCUCCCGCCGUCUUAAGCAAAUCGACGAACGCCGCGGCUCAGUCGACUCCUCCCACGGCCAUCAGGUUACUGUCUACAAGCAGUCGCGGCCGCCGGCGCGCACGGACGAGGAUCUGCAGCGCGAGCUGGGUCAUCACUUCCUGUCGCUGGUCGCCAGCCAUAGCGAGCGCGGCUGCUCCAUUAACAAGGCGCUAAAGCGCUUCCACCGAGAUCUCUCGGAUGAGUAUGAUGCUGAUCGUGGUCGUGAUAAUGGGCGCAGCCGGGCGGACCGGGAACGCAGGGUUGAUGAUGAGAAGGAUCUUUUCCGUGCGCUGAGGCUCAGACGGAAUGAUCGUGGUGAGAUUGUUGUGUUCAUUUAG